UUUUUUUUUUUUUUGGGUGGUAUUAUGGAACCAUCUUUUGGUCUUAUUAUCUUAAUAUAUGAGUGGGUUCGUUUAUGUACCUAAAGUUUUCAUCAAUAUAUGCAGGGAAUCAACCUAGUGACUCUGAAGUAGAACAGCUUGUGGAUGAUGCAGAGAAGUACACCCUUGCAAACCAUCUGUUUUGGGGUUUAUGGGGAAUAAUCUCGAGCUAUGUGAACCAUAUUGAUUUCGAUUACAUGGAGUAUGCAAGGCAGAGGUUUCAACAGUACUGGUUGAGGAAGCGUCAACUCUUGGGCACCUCAAGAGCCUUAACUAAUGAUGGUGUAAAUGGUUCUAUGUAAUUUGCAAAUUGUAAUGAUUUAGAUACAAAUGUAAUCAUCAUUAUUAUUGCUAUUAUUAUUGUUGGUGAUCAUGAUAUUCAAAUUGUAUUAAUGUGAUGUUGUGCCUUUAGAGAAA